GUGUAGUUGGAAGGUGCACCCUGUUGAGACAGGUACCUUGUUUUUCCUUUUAUUAUUAUGGUCAGCCUUGGAGGAGAACGCCAAGUCGUGAAUGAUCACGGUCUGGAACUGAGUCUGGGUCAGCUGCCAGGUUAUUCAUGUCCUUGGCAUCUUUUUCUAUUCCACCCCUUGGCAUUUGCAUGUUUUAGGGGUUUGUCAUCCUCUAGCCACCAAGCCUUGCAAUCUCCCAACCCCCACCAUCCCCGCUUUGCUUUUCCCUGGAAAGUUGUCUCCUUAGAGGAGCAUUCAUUCAUACCUUGCUGUGUGUGUGUUGUGUGUGUGUGUCUGUGUUGGGGCUAAUCAGGGAUUCCUAAUAAGAUUGCUCAUUUUUGUAAUCAUUGGCUCCAGAGAAGAAUGCAGGCAUCAAGAGGGCGUGCAUUCAAGCAUCAGUCUCUUGCACACCCCCUCAUACCUCAAGUAGGUUGAAUGGCCCCAAGAAUUUAGCCUGCUGCUCCCCGCUGGGUAGUGGGUGGAUUUGCACUAGAACAGUAUUGAAGGAAAAUGAUUUGCUGGAAAUUCUUAGUGAAGUUCAUGUAAUUUGAAUGUUGUUGACAGUACCCAGAACAUUCUCUAAUGUUCUGCUGCAAAAUUUUAAGGUAUUCUUUAAAAAAAAAAAAAAAAAAAAAGCCUUGUUUGGACUGGAAACUUUUGAGAUGAGCUGAUAAGACCAGGAACUUGUUAUGUAAAAAUGACAUAUUAAACAGAAGAUACCUGAAAUUGUGCUUAAGUGAUUUAAGGAAGUCUUUAAUACAUGAAGAAAGAGCAGUAAUUAUCCUGCCCAUCAAUCUAUACUUAGUGUUUUGCUCCUGGUGUUUAUACUGUCAUCUUACAUUUUUAGUUUCAAAUGACGCUCCAAACAACCUGCUUUCAUAAUUGUGACAUUUCCCCUUACUUGUUUCUACUUAUAUGGAUAGUAGCAUAGUAUAAAACUGAUUGUGAUUUUUUCCCCCCAGAGAAUUAAUGAUAUUUUAGGCAAACAUCAUGUUUCUCUAUUUCUUGAUUCUUAUUUUUAACAUAGUAGAAACUUCUGGUCACUUAAAUAGGACAAGGAAAUAGCAUUUUGGCUUCCACCAUUACAAUCUAAGCUAAUCAUGUUUUCUGGUCUAGUCCCUGGAAAGACAAGGAGUGAGUGGGGAAGUCACAUUUUUAGAGCCCAGUGGCUAGGUUUAACUCACAAGAGACAGCAUUGUUCCUGUCUUCUUGAUGUGACUGCAGAUGCAAGAGCCAGACUUUUUUUCUUUUCUUUUUUUAAAUAAACCUUUAAGUCCCACUUGGUUUUGUGACUCUAUCCUCGUGUCACAAAUUAUUCUGGUCUUGAAAUCUCUGUAUUUCUAUUUACUGUUUAGGCAUGUAAUGACUUGUUCUUUUAGUAAGAGUUGUUUUUUCUUAAGUUAGUCAUUCUAACUGACUGAAAGCAUUUGGAGAAGAUGUGGCUCUUUUCUUGCAUAUCCAUGCCAGCCUGCUUACCUCUUUACCAUUUGUGAUUUGAGCAGUAUUUAGUAUUGUAAUUUCUAUUGUGAUUUAGAAAGCUUUCUGUGGUGUUUAGAACAAGGAGGCUACCUCAGAAGAGGCCAGAAGUCAUUGAAUUACACCUGUCUUUGUGAGUUUCUUAGGGAUGGUACAACUUGAUCACUUGAGCAUCUAGAUGUUUUAUAGUCUAGAAAAGUUACAUUAUCGCUUUUAUGUAGCUGAUGACAUUCAUAUUGUGAUUCUUAAAACCUGGUAAUUCUGAUCAUUAUUUGUUGUAGGACUUGCAUCCUGUUCAUCUUAUCAUUUCAUUCACUGGAGAUUGUUCAACAUUUAUUUUUUUAACCCUCAUUUAGUUUAAUAAUUUUUAUUUUAACAUAAUGGAACCCUCCUUUACUCAGCAUUCAGGCUGACAACAUGCUCAUAAGCAAAUAAUGAUUUCAGAUCUCUGAUUCUUUUCUGUUCCCUCGUCUCCAGUGUCCCCAAGAAAGGCCUCCUUUCGUCUUUGUGUCAUGCUGAACAGUUUGAGGCUACAUUGUUGUGGUCCAGCUCUUUGAUACUCUUCUUUCAGUCUUUCAGUAAUUAAUCAAAAUAUACACAGUUACUGUUACCCGGUCAGACAUGGGACAAUGUUUAGAUGUUUAGACAAUGUUCCUGGUAUGUUCACCUUCACAGUGAUUCCAUUUGCCAAAUAACAAGAGAGUAUACUUGAAAAUCUCCUCCUCAUACUCUCUCUCUCCGCAUUCCUGUGAACUUGCUGUCUAGCAUUAGUUGUUAAGUUAGAGAGAGUUAAUAGAAUAGGCAGGUACCAACUUACCAUCUAAAGAUACCCAGUUUUAGAAAUUUUAGAAAUGAAAAGAAUCAUUUUAAAAAUAAAAUAGCUAUGAAAUGUUUUUGGUCAAAAAUUUUGAAAUGCAUUUUAAAGAGACCCCAAACAAUAACUUGCUGCUUUUUGACUACCUGAACCUGGGAGCAGUCUUAAAACCUCUUUGUAAUAAGGCCUUGUGUACCUUUGUCUUCAGUACCCCUCUAGAAUUUGUCUAUUCCUCUUCAUUUGUGUUGCUUUGCUUUUUCCAGACACACAAACAUAGCUCAUCACCUCACUUCUUAGAACUGUUUAGAAGCAGUAAACUGGAAAGCAAGAACAUCACAAAAACAGUCACAGGCUGACUGCAGGAAACCACAGAAAAUGGCUGAUUGCAAGAGGGACAUAUAAGUAUAUACUGUGAUUUCUAUAAAACAGGCAAGAGAGCCAGAGGACAGGAUGAAAAGCUUUAUAACAAAGUAAUAAACAGCCUUUUAUAUUGAGACUCAUUAAUAAUAAUUUAUAUUCCUAAUGAUACCUUAGUGAUCAAGAAAAAGGUAAUUUCCUUAAUGCUGACAUAAUAGCAUUUUAGUAAAAAAGCCAAACACUUUAUCUUGGUUCCUCAGAGGCACAGAGCCAUAUUAAGGGGUUGUGUAGCUUCUUGGGUGUCCUCUUGAGGGAUUUUGUUUACGUUGGGCUAAGAUUGAGGUGUCUACAGGUGUGUUAUGUAAGUAGCAGAUAUAAAUUGUUCCCUUUUCUGUUGAAGUAGACAGUGCCCUCAAGUGGAAUUAAAGAGCACAUUACAAAAGGAAGCAGGAAGAGGAGCCGCUCAUGCUGCCGCUGCUGCCUCCAGCCUCACCAAGUGUGCAGGUGCUUCAGGUGGCAGUGGUUUGGAGGAGUGCCUGCCUUAUCCUGUCUUGGGUGACCAGAGUCUCUCAUUUGGGCUUGCAAAGGGACAGACUUGUGAAAAUGUUGGGAUACUUUUAAGAGAUAUGUUACUCUUGUGUGUGAAACAUAGCAAUGUUGCUUUAUUAUUGAGUCAAAUAAUACCAUUUCUGCUUUAGUUCUAAGAGUAUUUGAUUUAAAUUGCAAGAAUUGAAUGGAUAUAUAUGAUAGCUUUAUUAAUUACUACCUUUAGCCACAGGGAUGGAGAUGGAUAUCUCUGUCUCAAAGAAGGAUAAAACAAAUAACCACAUUCUUGUGACAGAGAUACAUGGAACUAUUCUUUUCAGAAAGAUAAUUAAAUAAUGAAGCCCUUAAUUUGAAAGGAUAUAAUUGUGUUUUUAAACUUUUGUUCUCUAGCAGUGAGCCCCUAUGUCAUGGAUUCUGAACUGGCUUAUAAUAUCUGGCAUGGAUUCCUUUUAGCAGAGCAGGCCUCAAAUCCGAUAGAGCAUGGUUGCUUGAUCCUAUGGCAGUCCUGCCACUAGUGGCUCCUGCUGAGUUAGUAUUGGACUUCACAGGGUGCAAAUAUGCUCUUUGAAUUGCUGUCUUUUUACAACAUGGAUGCCAGGUUGCUAAAAUCUUGCUUUGGGACUUAUAGUGAGUUCAUUUUUUUGGAUUUUAUGACAGAUUUACUAGUGGCUCCUUUUUGCCAGUUAAUGUUCUGAAAGUUACUGUCACAAUGAGUUCAGGCCUGUGGAGCCAAGAGAAAGUUACUUCACCCUACUGGGAAGAACGGAUUUUUUAUCUGCUUCUUCAAGAAUGCAGUGUAACAGACAAACAAACUCAGAAGCUGCUGAAAGUACCCAAAGGGAGUAUAGGACAGUACAUCCAAGACCGUUCUGUGGGGCAUUCAAGAGUUCCUUCUACAAAAGGCAAGAAAAAUCAGAUUGGAUUAAAAAUCUUGGAGCAACCGCAUGCAGUUCUGUUUGUUGAUGAAAAGGAUGUUGUAGAAAUAAAUGAAAAAUUCACAGAGUUACUGUUGGCAAUUACCAACUGUGAGGAGAGGCUCAGCCUAUUUAGAAACAGACUCCGACUAAGUAAAGGCCUCCAGGUAGACGUGGGCAGUCCUGUGAAAGUACAGCUGCGAUCUGGGGAAGAGAAAUUUCCAGGAGUUGUACGCUUCAGAGGACCUUUAUUAGCGGAGAGGACGGUGUCGGGGAUUUUCUUUGGAGUAGAAUUACUGGAAGAAGGUCGUGGUCAAGGUUUCACGGAUGGGGUAUAUCAAGGGAAGCAGCUUUUCCAGUGUGAUGAGGACUGUGGCGUGUUUGUUGCAUUGGACAAACUAGAACUUAUAGAAGAUGAUGACAAUGGAUUGGAAAGUGAUUUUGCAGGCCCAGGAGAUACAAUGCAGGUUGAACCUCCCCCUUUGGAAAUAAACUCCAGAGUUUCUUUGAAGGUUGGAGAAAGUAUAGAAUCUGGAACAGUAAUAUUCUGUGAUGUUUUACCAGGAAAAGAGAGUCUAGGAUAUUUUGUUGGUGUGGACAUGGAUAACCCUAUUGGCAACUGGGAUGGAAGGUUUGAUGGAGUCCAACUCUGUAGUUUUGCAAGUGUUGAAAGUACAGUUCUCCUGCACAUCAAUGACAUCAUCCCAGCUUUAUCAGAUAGCGUGACACAGGAAAGGAGGCCUCCCAAACUUGCCUUUAUGUCAAGAGGUGUAGGUGACAAAGGUUCAUCUAGUCAUAAUAAACCAAAGGUUACAGGAUCUACCUCAGACCCUGGAAGUAGAAACAGAUCUGAAUUAUUUUAUACCCUAAAUGGGUCAUCUGUUGACUCACAACAAUCCAAGUCCAAAAAUCCAUGGUACAUUGAUGAAGUUGCAGAAGACCCUGCAAAGUCACUUACAGAGAUGUCUUCGGACUUCGGACAUUCAUCACCUCCACCGCAACCUCCUUCCAUGAACUCCUUGUCUAGCGAGAACAGAUUUCACUCCUUACCCUUCAGCCUGACAAAGAUGCCCAAUACUAAUGGCAGCAUGGCUCAUAGUCCACUCUCUCUGUCAGUACAGUCUGUGAUGGGGGAGCUGAACAGCACACCUGUCCAGGAGAGUCCACCCUUGCCCAUCUCUUCUGGGAAUGCACACGGGCUAGAGGUGGGCUCACUGGCUGAAGUAAAAGAGAACCCCCCGUUCUAUGGGGUUAUCCGUUGGAUUGGCCAGCCACCAGGGCUCAGUGACGUGCUAGCUGGACUGGAACUGGAAGAUGAAUGCGCAGGCUGUACAGAUGGAACUUUCAGGGGCACGCGCUAUUUCACGUGUGCCCUGAAGAAGGCACUGUUUGUGAAACUGAAGAGCUGCAGACCGGACUCUAGGUUUGCAUCCUUGCAGCCUGUUUCCAAUCAGAUUGAAAGGUGUAACUCUUUAGCAUUUGGGGGCUAUUUAAGUGAAGUAGUAGAAGAAAAUACUCCACCUAAAAUGGAAAAGGAAGGUUUAGAGAUAAUGAUUGGAAAGAAGAAAGGCAUCCAGGGCCAUUACAAUUCUUGUUACUUAGACUCAACUUUAUUCUGCUUAUUUGCUUUUAGUUCUGCCCUGGACACUGUGUUACUUAGACCCAAAGAGAAGAAUGAUAUAGAGUAUUACAGUGAGACUCAGGAGCUACUGAGGACAGAGAUAGUCAAUCCUCUGAGAAUAUAUGGAUAUGUAUGUGCCACAAAGAUUAUGAAACUGAGGAAAAUACUUGAAAAAGUUGAGGCUGCAUCAGGCUUUACCUCUGAAGAAAAAGAUCCUGAAGAAUUUUUAAAUAUCCUGUUUCAUGAUAUUUUAAGGGUUGAACCAUUGUUAAAAAUAAGAUCAGCAGGUCAAAAAGUUCAAGACUGUAACUUCUAUCAAAUUUUUAUGGAAAAAAAUGAGAAAGUUGGAGUACCCACAAUUCAGCAGUUAUUAGAAUGGUCUUUUAUCAACAGCAACCUGAAAUUUGCAGAGGCACCAUCAUGCUUGAUUAUCCAGAUGCCUCGGUUUGGAAAAGACUUUAAACUAUUUAAAAAAAUUUUUCCUUCCCUGGAAUUAAAUAUAACAGAUUUACUUGAAGACACUCCCAGGCAGUGCCGCAUCUGUGGAGGACUUGCGAUGUACGAGUGUAGAGAGUGCUACGACGAUCCGGACAUCUCAGCUGGGAAGAUCAAGCAGUUCUGUAAGACCUGCAGCACUCAGGUUCACCUUCAUCCCAGGAGGUUGAAUCAUUCUUAUCAUCCAGUGUCACUUCCCAAAGACUUGCCUGACUGGGACUGGAGACACGGCUGCAUCCCCUGUCAGAAGAUGGAGUUAUUUGCUGUUCUCUGCAUAGAAACGAGCCACUAUGUUGCUUUUGUGAAGUACGGGAAAGAUGACUCUGCCUGGCUCUUCUUUGACAGCAUGGCGGAUCGAGAUGGUGGUCAGAAUGGCUUCAACAUUCCACAAGUGACGCCCUGCCCAGAAGUGGGAGAGUACUUGAAGAUGUCUCUGGAGGACCUGCACUCUUUGGACUCCAGAAGGAUUCAAGGCUGUGCGCGCAGACUUCUUUGCGAUGCAUACAUGUGCAUGUACCAGAGUCCAACCAUGAGCCUGUACAAAUAACCAGGUCAUCCGCAGUGGGCAGAGACAGCACAAACCUUAGUGCUGUGUCUUCCUCCAGCUUGUUUGUGGUUCUGUCCGGCACCCAUUGCCGGCAAUGGGUGUCUCUUUUGAUGAUGGCCCUUCAGCAAAGGAUUCCUGUGUUUCCAAACAAAUUGCUUUUGUGUUCCUGAAGUAUUUAAUAAGAAGCAUUUUGCACUCUAGGAAGUAUGUUUGUGUUGAUUUUUUAAGAAGUCUAAAUGGAUUUAUUAAUAUCUAACACUUUAAGUUAACUGCAUUGAUGAUACGAUAUUUUUGGAAGCAUACAAUUUUAAUUGUGACGUCUAAAACCUCUUUUAGUCCAUUGAGGAUGUAAAUAAAUAUUUCUUCUUAUGGACCAAGGGUAUGAAAUCAUUUUCCUUUUGUAGCUAAUGAUUGCCUUGAGAAAGACUUAAUAUGAUUUUAUUAAGAGUCCACCUUUACUCCAGUUGUUGAAGAUGUGCUGAGUUUAAUUGUUAAUUUUCCUAUAAAGUGCUGAUUUCCUGCAUGUCUGUACUUUGCUGAGUUUCUGUGUUCCUGCAGCAGUGGUCAGAACAUGCUGAAAUUCCUUUCAUGGUGUUAUUUUUUAUUUGUUCUAGUUUUGAGAUAAAUGAGUGACUCUGUCAUAAAAUGUCCAUUUUUGAUGUGUUCUUGAAGAAUUAGGGUACAAAACAAGCAUCGUAGUCAUAGUAACAACUGUUACUGAACAGGUUUUCUGUAGGGGCUCCUAAGUAUGGGACAACAUGCAGUGGUUUCUGAAAUGACUGAGUGAUAAGUAAAUUAUAUAUUCUUUUUUUUAAAGAUUUAUUUUAUUUAUAUGAGUACACUGUAGCUGUCUUCAGACACACCAGAAGAGGGCAUCAGAUCUUAUUACAGAUGGUUGUGAGCCACCAUGUGGUUGCUGGGAAUUGAACUCAGGACCUUUGGAAGGGCAGUCAGUGCUCUUAACUGCUGAGCCAUCUCUCCAGCCCCAAAUUAUAUAUUCUUAUACAGACCCACAGUCCAGAGAAAAUGAAGCUGGCUCAGAGUUAGCACCAACAUUUCCCUGAAAAAAUGUGUUAGGUGUUUAAAAAUCUCAUUGUAAAUAAAUUAUUUUAUUUUUAGUUUAAGUGAAUUUCUCUUAAUUUAAAUAAGACUAAUAUUUUUGUUUGACUGAAGACCCUUAUACUCUCUGGUGUCAAUUUGGUAUCACUUGAAACAGUGACAACCACAUCAGCAUGUUACUGCAAUGUCAGUGAUGAUUUCAAAGGAGAAAACGGAUGUCAUCUUAGGACUGCGUGUGUGUGUAGACCAUGGCGGAUGCUGUAGAAUGCUUGUUGUCUGAGUGUGUUUUGUGGUAUGGCUGUCUCUCUGAAUAAUGUCAACCUUACAGAAAGAGAAGGUGGUAUAUGUGUAACAUAUGGCUUUAUAAAAGAUUUAAUGUCAAAAGAGUCUAUAAAUAUUGCUGUUAUUUUUAAAGGCACUUUACUCCUUGGUUUUAUUAUUCCAUUUUGCUGGUGUGGAUUAGCUUUAUAAAUCACAACACACAAAACUCGUCCAUCUUGUAAUAUUUGUACUUUUGCAAUGGAAAAGUGUGUAUCCUGUGCACAGACUUUUAUAUAGCUGAGUGCCUAGACUGGGUGGAGAGGCCAUGAGUAGAUAGCAGUAAAGUCCUCCAGCUAUAGGCUGGCCUUGCCUUCAUCAUCCUGGGACAAGUGAGAACAGUGAGCACAGGGGCUGAGCUUGCACACUGACCAGAAUUCAGUCACCCUGUAAUAAGUGUGUAUUUAAUGAGUCUGUUAGUGUGGUAGUGUGAUUUUGAAAGGUUUAACUGAGGAAUGGUCAGGUCUUUGUUUAUAGGCAAGCCUGGCUUAACAGUGAAGGGGAGGGGGCUGAGGGAAAGCUUUUUUUUUUUUUUUUAACUUCAGAAAUGGAGGCAAAAAUCCAUGUGCAAAGAGACUAGCUACUUGGCUUUCAGAGGAGAGGACUCAAAGCUUGUUUGCAGUGGUUCUGAAGUUGGAGUGGCACUUAGUGAGUGAGGAGGACCAUGUCCACAGGCAAUCCUUAAGCAAGAUCAUCUCAAAAUUGCACUGUGUCCUUUAGCAGUAGUGGGUGGGUAGGGGCACACAGCGGAACACCCACUUACAGUGGCUGGGGAGGCCUGAGGACCACAGGCCAGCAGGAGCUCUCUCCCAUGCCUUCUUGUCCCUCUGGAUAGCCCCUCCUCAUUCCUUGUCCCAGCAGAGCCUGGUUUGCCCCUGGGGCAAUAGGAUUGGACCCUGUGGUGCAGAUAGCCCUCAUGCCUGUGGAUUACUUUAAUUUUGUAAUCUUAGGUUUUCUGUACCGUUUUUCCCAAUUGCCUUUUAAAAUAUUUUGAGUGUCCUUCUCCUUAUCAAGAUGGUAGUGUAGUAGGAUUGUUUUACUCACAACAUGGUUUAGGAGCCAUAGCUACAAAUAGGAAAUAUAAGAAUUCUAUUUCUCUACUGUGAGGCAAAUCUGUAUAUAUGUAUGGAGAGUCAGGAGGAUGAACAAGGGAGAGGAAAGGGCCCAGGCACAUUUUUAAUCCAAAAGCUACAAAGUGUCUAGCUCCUGGGGCGAGCUUCACAGAGAGUCCAGCUCAGUUCACAAAGUAUUUUCUAAGUUGGGAAAAUGCAUUGAGAAACAGAGCAAGGUAUCUGUGUAGUGCAGCUGUGGGUGGUUCCUAUGCAUUUUAUCCUCAGAGUAGCCUAGGGUUUUUAUUUUAUGUUUGCCAAGUGCUUAGGUAAAUGGCCGGGAUCCUCUUACCUCUGACUUCUGGAGCGUGUCCGUCCAUUCUCUGGUUGUCUGAAUGUGGCGUUUUCAUAAAUCUAGGAGCAGCAGCCCUCCCAACUGCAAUUUAGUAAGCAGGUAGAUAAGCUUGCAUCUGUUUGCAUCUUCCUGCGCUGAGUUGGGAGUGCAAAACCCGGUACUUGGCCUGGUGAGUAACUGCCAACAAGUAUUUAUGGGACAUUUGCUAGGUGGCUAGCAUACGGCAUGGGGCCUAAGAGACCCGGGGCCUGCUCUCAUACAGCUUACUGCUCAGUUUCUAUACCAGAGCAACCGUUGAUGCUUCUUAGCAUAGGCAUGGGUAACAGGCAUGUCUGGGGACCACUUUGGGAGACAACCUAGUGUAACCUUAUUGCAAAGGACUAAGAGACAAAAAUCCCGGGUUCUUUCUCCAUCACUUGCUCUGUAGCUGAACACCACCUCGAUUUCUUGAGCUUCAGUGUCUUGUUCUGUCUGAUGAAGGGGUUGGAUAUGUAGUUGGAUAAGGGGAAGCAGUACAAAUUGUCAGGGUUCCAGGCCAUGCCUGAUACAUCUGAGUUUUUGCUGGAGGUAGGAAAUUUCAACUCAGAAGCUCAUCCACAGAAAACAGUGACCAGCAGCAGUUAUGGAGUCAUAAGGCUGGAAGGCUUCAAAGACCCCCUUCUUCUGUUAGUGUUAUCUACGGCAGUUACUCUGUGUAAGUGUGAAGGAGUGGUUACUGACUCUGUGUGGAUCUGCGUUUACAUAUGACCUGAUGGGAGUGCAUCUGGUAUGUGUCCCUCCCCCCUGUAUUGCUGGAGAGAUUAGUAAUUGUAGGUAUACACGGAAGUGUCAGGAUGUUCAGUGGCACGCACUUAGAUGUUUCUUUUCACUUUAUUUCUAUAGAAACAGGUUCCGGGAGCCAGAGAAGUAGGGAAAAAAAUCCCUGAGCUCAUCUCUCUCUACUACUUAAUAAUGCAAACAUUUAAAUUCUUGGGAAGAUUUUCCCUCCCCACUCCCUACCCCCAGUAACAGGUCAGAAUAGGAUUUCCUUCUUAGAGAAGGUAGGUCAUGAGGCCUGCAAAUUAAAAAACAAAAACAAAAAAGCAAACAAGGUGGCUUUCCUUGGUCUUUGUGAUUCCAGCUCUUCACCAGUGAAAGAAUUCUUUAGUUCCAUAGUGCAACCAGGGUGGAUGGAGAAGAGGUUGCUAUAGUGGGAGCCAGUGAGCAAAGAGGGUUGGAGGAGGCAGAGGACAGGGCUCAUCAGGGAAGGCAAGCCUGUGGCUCUGGGCAUUGGCCCUCUUGUCAAAGGUGUCAGAGCGUGGCUUCCUGUGAGGGGCUUUCCCUUGCUCCUGUGUGAGCGUCUGUCCGUUGUCUUACUGGGUGGGGGUGGGGGGGCCUGGAUGGAGAUGUUAGGGGAGAUAGCUUAGUCUUGUUAUAAACUCUAGACUUGCUAAAAAGGGUUCUCUUGAGUCCAAAUGCAGUGCCAGAGGGUGGGAAGCAGAAUUGGCCAGUAGUGAACAGUGGCAUUGUGGGUGAUAAGCCCUUUCUGGUGGCCUUAAAUAGCAGUGCUGGUCCUCGAGCGCCACAGGGUCCCCUACCUCUAUCCUGGCAGUGCUGAUGGGUUUGUUACAGCGUAUUUUGGUUCUCAUUCUCAUUUAGGGAAAAGGGCUGUUGAUGAAGAGAUUAUCCUUCCAGGCAUCAGGGGCCUCAGCACAGUUCUCUGUGCUUUUAAACACUGUUGACUUUCAUUAGUUAUUCUAAAGGGAUUUAUACUGGAGAUACAACUCUCUUUGGUUUCAUAUUAUGAAAUAGCUUUGUACUGUGGAAUGCUAACUCUGGAAAGUCUCCCUCAUACCAGAACCAAACAUUCAUUAUAUAUAUAUAUAUAUAUAUAUAUAUAUAUAUAAAAUAUCUCCCUGGUACUCUCCAGGGAGGUGGUUACUAUCAAGCUGACCCAAAGGAGCACAAUAUGUGUUCCAGUUCCUUUUCUGGUACCUUGUUCAACAUUCUUUUUUUCCUGAAGAACAUCCUUUUGUUUAUGAAAACAUGAAUAGCAUCAUGUAAAGCAAUCCCUUGCUAUCAGAAUGCUCCAGUUUAGCCUUAAUUUUGUAAACCUUGGAGAGGAGUGGAGUGCUGCUGUGAGAAGAGAUGUACCAUGUACUGUUUCUGUAUCAUUAAAGUGCAGUUUUUAUGCUUC